CCCCUCGCGCCCUCCCGGCCCGCCCGUGCCUUGGCCUCUCAGUCCUAGCCUGCCGCCGGUGCGACCCGGGAGCCUGCCUUAGGAGCGAGACCUACGCCCACUGGCUCCCUCCAGCCGCCGCCGUCCGGCUGAGCCCCAGCUCCGGAGCUGCCGCUGCCGCUGCCGGGACAUGGUCCUCUGCGUUCAGGGACCUUGUUCUUUGCUGGCUGUGGAGCGGAUCGGGCAGCAGCCCCUGUGGACCCAGUCCCUGGAGCUGCCCGAACCAGCUAUGCAGCCUUUGCCUGCCGGGUCCUUCCUGGAGGAAGUGGCAGAGGAGACCCCAGCCCAGCCAGAGAGUGAACCCAAGGUGCUGGACCCUGAGGAGGAUCUGCUAUGCAUAGCCAAGACCUUCUCUUACCUUCGGGAAUCUGGCUGGUAUUGGGGUUCCAUUACGGCCAGUGAAGCCCGACAACACCUGCAGAAGAUGCCAGAGGGCACGUUCCUAGUACGUGACAGCACCCACCCCAGCUACCUAUUCACUUUGUCGGUCAAAACCACCCGAGGCCCCACCAAUGUGCGCAUUGAGUACGCCGACUCCAGCUUCCGCCUGGACUCCAACUGCCUGUCCAGGCCACGCAUCCUGGCCUUCCCAGACGUGGUCAGCCUCGUGCAGCACUAUGUGGCCUCCUGUGCUGCUGACACUCGAAGUGACAACCCUGACUCUGCACCUACCCCGGCCCUGCCUACCCCUAAGGAAGAUGCGCCUGGUGAACCAGCACUGCCUGCCCCUGCAGUCACUGCCGUGCACCUAAAAUUGGUGCAGCCCUUUGUGCGCAGAAGCAGCGCCCGCAGCCUGCAGCACCUGUGCCGCCUUGUCAUCAACCGUCUGGUGGCUGAUGUAGACUGCCUGCCACUGCCCCGGCGCAUGGCUGACUACCUCCGACAGUACCCAUUCCAGCUCUGACCCAUCUGAGUAUCUCUCUCGCCUCACCCAGCCAUACCCUGGAGGGGACACAGGCCCCAGCUGGACUUGGGCUCCCGUCGUCCCUCCUCCAGUUAUCCUGGUGACUGCAAGCACAUGACAGCUGGACCAGGGAGAAUCAGCAGGAGCAAGCCUGGGGGUGAGAGGGAGAGAAAAAUGUCACACAACUUAAAGGUCAACACCCCCAGUUCCCAUGUGGCUCCGUUGUGGUGAGCCACGUGUCAGGAGAGAGGGAGACAGGCGGGACCUUGUCUCACCUUGUGGGUGAGGCCCAGGCCCCCAUUUGACACUGUGGGCUCCUGAACUGUGUACACUUUGCCGGCCCUGGUUUCUCAGUACACAGGGUGGGGCAGGCCCCUCCUUCCAGCCAGCCUGUCUCAGGGAGGAUGGCAGCAAGAGGAACUGAGGUUGACAAUGACAGUCCCUUGAGGAGGGAACAGGCCAGGCUGAGGGACUGCAAAGUUAUACAGUAUUUAUUUAUUUAUUCUCCAUGCAUUGGGCUCAAGGUGAGCCAGUCCCACCUCUCUGCCCUGAGCCCUGAGUGCUCUGGAGACCCCAGCUCUGCCCAACUUCUGGUUCCUCCUGGUGGAGAGCCUCAUCCUGAGACAUGUUGCUGGACCCAAGGCAGUUCUGGGUAUCCUGGCGCUAACCCACCCACCUGUGAAUGUGCGCACCUUCUUCUGGCCCCCAGCUCUGUUUUGGGAGGGUAGGUAAAUGGACAAGAAAAUGAAGCCAAAGUGUCAGUGCCCAGCAGAGCCCGCCACUCACCCCCUCGCAGGGCAGAACCCUGUCUGCACAGAGCUGGUCUCGGUGUGGCACCUGCCUGAGCGAGCACGUGUGCGGUGUCAGGAAGCGGCAUGCUGGCUCAAGGGCUGCUACUCCAGCUCUGCUGGGUCGGCUUCCUGCCCAGGAAGGUGCCUGCACACGAGAGGGAAAGAAAUACCUAUUGAUAAAAAUAAGUAUUAUAAUAAGUAAAACCCAGUUUGGUAGUCUUUAUUCUUCCACUGAUUUUUCUGUAUUGACAAUAAAAUUGUACUUUUCAUUUAAGAAGA